AUGGAGGACAGUCACUUUCGCCACAGUAUCUCCAAUUAUCCCUCCCCCUUGAACCCGCACACGCACACCCACGUUUCUCGGGACCGCUCCACCUCCGGCUUGUCCUACAAUGAAGCGACAAGCACCGCCCUCGACCCCCUCGAUCAACAGCCAUCACACACCUCGCAGCACCGCGGGCACACAAGCAGCGAUGAAGAGGACCAGCCGCCGCCCCGAUACACGCAGGAGAACGAUCCCUUCCAGCUGGCUUCGAAGCUGAAGACGGCCGAGGAGAUCCGGCAGAUCCAACCGCAGGCCAACACGUCGCGCAAACGCAACAUCACCAGCACCACGACCCCCGCCGCCAACGCCAGCGACAAUGGGCGCCGCAGCACCCGCAACCCGAUCUCCCGCACGCUGGCCUCGCGGCAGCUGCAGCGCUUCUACCGCACGCAGAACGAGAACAUCGAGCGCAUGCUCAAACCGGUGGAGGAACACGUGCGGGAUGCGCGCGAGCUGAACGCCAACAACCAGCUGCGGUACCGCAUCGCGGUGUACGGCUCCUUCGCGGCCAACAUCAUGCUCUCGGUGCUGCAGCUGUACGGCGCCAUCUCCAGCGGCUCGCUCUCGCUCUUCACCACGAUGGCGGACUCGAUCUUCGACCCGUGCUCCAACCUCACCCUGCUCCUCUGCAACAAGGCCGUCAACCGCGUCGACCCGCGCCGCUUCCCCGCCGGCAAGGCCCGCAUCGAAACCGCCGGCAACAUCUGCUUCUGCUUCCUCAUGACCGCCGUCUCCUUCAUCCUCAUCGCCUUCUCCAUCCGCGACCUCGCCGCCGGCUCCGACCAGGCCACCGGCUCCUUCCACCUUCCCUCCGUCAUCGCCGUGGUCGUCGCCUUCUGCACCAAACUCGCCCUCUUCCUCUACUGCUUCGCCCUCCGCAACCAGGUCUCCCAGAUCCGCAUCCUCUGGGAAGACCACCGCAACGACCUCCUCAUCAACGGCUUCGGUAUCCUCACCUCCGUCGGCGGCAGCAAGCUGCGCUGGUGGAUCGAUCCCAUGGGCGCCGUCAUUCUCUCCGUCCUCAUCAGCGGCCUCUGGCUGCAUACCGCCUACCACGAGUUCCUGCUCCUGAUCGGCGUGACCGCCGAUACCAAAAUGCAGCAGCUCAUCACGUAUAUCUCAAUGACUCACUCCCCCCUCAUCACCGCCAUCGACACCGUCCGCGCCUAUACCUCCGGCCCCCGCCUCCUCGUCGAGGUCGACAUCGUCAUGGAUCCCGAGGACUCCCUGCGCGCCACCCACGACGUCGCCGAGGAGUUGCAGAUGAAGCUCGAGUCGCUGCCGGAUGUCGAGCGCGCGUACGUCCAUGUCGACUACGAGACCACCCACAAGCCGGAGCAUUCGCUGAAGAAGGAGCUGUAA